ACUUUCCCCUUACAGGACUCAGAUCUUGGAGGCAAUUAGCUUCAGAGAAAAGCAAAUAGGAAACCCCAAAGUGCUCCUUUUGAAAGGCUGCUGAACUUGAUUCAUUUCUCAUCAUUGCUAAACCUACUGGAGCAGUAAAGUUGGGAGAAAUUUUACCAAGAUUUUAAUCGCUGCCUUGAUCUAUCCUUUCUGCUUUCCAAAUGCUUUGGUGGGAAGACGUAGACGACUGUUAUGAAAGAGAAGAUGUUCAAAAGAAAACAUUCACAAAAUGGAUAAAUGCACAAUUUUCUAAGUUUGGGAAGCAGCACAUAGAGAACCUCUUCAGUGACCUGCAGGAUGGGAAACGCCUCCUAGACCUUCUCGAAGGCCUGACAGAUCAAAAACUGCCGAAAGAAAAAGGCUCCACCAGAGUUCAUGCCCUGAACAAUGUCAACAAGGCGCUGAGGGUCUUGCAGAAAAAUAAUGUUGAUUUAGUGAAUAUCGGAAGCUCUGACAUAGUAGAUGGAAAUCACAAACUGACUCUUGGUUUGAUUUGGAAUAUAAUCCUCCACUGGCAGGUCAAAAAUGUAAUGAAAAAUAUCAUGGCUGGAUUGCAGCAAACCAACAGUGAAAAGAUUCUCCUGAGCUGGGUCCGACAAUCAACUCGUAAUUAUCCACAGGUUAAUGUCAUUAACUUCACCACCAGCUGGUCUGACGGUUUGGCUUUGAAUGCUCUCAUCCACAGUCAUAGGCCAGACCUGAUUGAUUGGAAUAGUGUGCUUUGCCAGCAGUCAGCCGCACAAAGACUGGAACAUGCAUUCAACAUCGCCAAGCAUCAUUUAGGCAUAGAGAAACUACUGGAUCCUGAAGAUGUUGCUACCGCUUAUCCAGAUAAGAAGUCCAUCUUAAUGUACAUCACAUCACUCUUUCAAGUUUUGCCUCAACAAGUGAGCAUUGAAGCCAUCCAGGAAGUGGAAAUGCUGCCAAAGCCAGCCAGAGUUACCAGAGAAGAACAUUUUCAGUUACAUCAUCAAAUGCACUAUUCUCAACAGAUCACAGUCAGUCUAGCACAGGGCUAUGAACGAACUCCUUCCUCUCCUAAGCCUCGGUUCAAGAGCUAUGCCUACACGCAGGCUGCUUAUGUGACCACCUCUGACCCCACACGGAGCCCAUUUCCUUCACAGCAUUUGGAAGCUCCUGAAGACAAGUCAUUUGGCAGUUCAUCGAUGGGGACUGAAGUAAGCCUGGACAGUUACCAAACAGCUCUAGAAGAAGUACUGUCGUGGCUUCUUUCAGCCGAGGACACAUUGCGAGCCCAGGGAGAGAUUUCUAGUGAUGUAGAGGAAGUGAAAGAACAAUUUCAUACUCAUGAGGGGUACAUGAUGGACUUGACGUCCCAUCAGGGACGGGUUGGUGAUGUCCUCCAAGUGGGAAGUCAGCUGAUUGGGACGGGGAAGUUAUCAGAAGAUGAAGAGACUGAAGUACAAGAACAAAUGAAUCUCCUAAAUUCAAGAUGGGAAUGCCUCAGGGUAGCUAGCAUGGAGAAGCAAAGCAAUUUACAUAAAGUUCUAAUGGAUCUCCAGAAUCAGCAACUGAAAGAAUUAAAUGACUGGCUAACAAAAACAGAAGAGAGAACAAGGAAAAUGGAGAAAGAGCCUCUUGGACCUGAUCUUGAGGACCUAAAACGCCAAGUACAACAACAUAAGGUGCUGCAAGAAGACCUAGAACAGGAACAAGUCAGGGUCAAUUCUCUCACUCACAUGGUGGUGGUAGUCGAUGAAUCUAGUGGAGACCAUGCAACCGCUGCUUUGGAAGAACAGCUUAAGGUCCUGGGAGAUCGAUGGGCAAACAUCUGUAGGUGGACAGAAGAUCGCUGGGUCCUUUUGCAAGACAUACUUCUAAAAUGGCAGCGUUUUACUGAAGAACAGUGCCUUUUUAGUACGUGGCUGUCCGAAAGAGAAGAUGCAAUGAGCAAGAUUCACACAAGUGGCUUUAAGGAUCAAAGUGAGAUGUUAUCAAGUCUUCAGAAAAUGGCUGUUUUGAAAACAGAUCUAGAAAAGAAAAAGCAAACCCUGGACAAACUCCGCUCGCUUAACCAAGAUCUUCUUGCAACACUGAAAAAUACAUUGGUAACACAAAAGAUGGAAGCAUGGCUGGACACCUUUGCCCAGCGCUGGGAUAAUUUAGCCCAGAAACUUGAAAAGAGUUCCGCACAGAUUUCACAGGCUGUCACCACCACGCAGCCAUCACUAGCACAGACAACUGUAAUGGAAACAGUAACUAUGGUGACUACGAGGGAACAAAUCCUGGUAAAGCAUGCCCAAGAGGAUCUCCCUCCACCGCCUCCCCAAAAGAAGAGGCAGAUUAUCGUGGACUCCGAAAUUAGGAAAAGGUUGGAUGUCGAUAUAACGGAACUUCACAGUUGGAUUACUCGCUCAGAAGCUGUGUUGCAGAGUCCCGAAUUUGCCAUCUAUCGGAAGGAAGGCAACUUCUCAGACCUUAAAGAAAAAGUCACUGCCAUAGAGCGAGAAAAAGCCGAGAAGUUCAGAAAACUACAAGAUGCCAGCAGAUCAGCUCAGGCCCUGGCGGAACAGAUGGUGAAUGAGGGUGUCAAUGCUGACAGCAUCAAACAAGCCUCAGAACAACUGAACAGCCGGUGGACCGAGUUCUGCCAGUUGUUAAGUGAGAGACUUAACUGGCUGGAGUAUCAGAACAGCAUCGUCACUUUCUAUAAUCAGCUACAGCAAUUGGAGCACAUGACAACUACUGCUGACAACUGGUUGAAAACCCAACCCACCGCCACCUCAGAGCCCACAGCGAUUAAAAGCCAGUUAAAAAUGUGUAAGGAUGAAGUCAACCGGCUGUCAGCUCUUCAGCCUCAAAUUGAGCGAUUAAAAAUUCAAAGCGUAGCCCUGAAAGAGAAAGGACAAGGGCCAAUGUUCCUGGAUGCAGACUUUGUGGCCUUUACAAAUCAUUUUAACCAAGUCCUUGCUGAUGUGCAGGCCCGAGAAAAAGAGCUACAGACAAUUUUUGACACUUUGCCACCCACGCGCUAUCAGGAGACCAUGAGUACCGUCGUGACGUGGAUCCAGCAGUCAGAAGCCAAACUCUCUAUACCUCAGGUGACCGUCACCGAAUAUGAGAUCAUGGAGCAGAGACUCGGGGAGUUACAGGCUUUGCAAAGUUCUCUGCAAGAGCAACAGAGUGGCCUAAACUAUCUCAGCACCACUGUGAAGGAGAUGCCAAAGAGAGCCCCCUCUGACAUCAGCCGGAGGUAUCAGUCAGAGUUUGAGGCCAUUGAGGGCCGCUGGAAGCAGCUCUCCUCCAGGCUGGCGGAGCAUUGCCAAAAGCUAGAGGAGCAGAUGGCCAGGCUGCGGAAAAUUCAGAAUCACAUAAAAACCCUGAAGAAAUGGAUGGCAGAAGUUGAUGUUUUCCUGAAAGAAGAAUGGCCUGCCCUGGGAGAUUCAGAAAUUCUUAAAAAACAACUGAAACAAUGCAGGCUUUUAGUCAGUGAUAUUCAGACAAUUGAGCCAAGUCUAAACAGUGUCAAUGAAGGUGGACAGAAAAUGAAGAGUGACGCGGAGCCCGAGUUUGCUUCCAGGCUUGACACAGAGCUUAGAGAACUGAACGCUCAGUGGGAUCACAUUUGCCGACAGGUCUAUGCCAGAAAGGAAGCCUUAAAGGCAGGCUUGGAUACAACUGUCAGCCUCCAGAAAGAUCUGUCGGAGAUGCAUGAGUGGAUGACGCAAGCUGAAGAAGAAUACCUGGAGAGAGAUUUUGAAUAUAAAACCCCCGAGGAGUUACAGAAAGCAGUUGAGGAGAUGAAGAGAGCUAAAGAAGAGGCCCAGCAAAAGGAAGCCAAAGUGAAACUGCUUACGGAGUCCGUGAAUGGCGUCAUAGCUCAAGCUCCACCUGCAGCACAAGAGGCCUUAAAAAAGGAACUUGACACUCUGACCACCAACUACCAGUGGCUCUGCACCAGGCUGAACGGGAAGUGCAAGACUUUGGAAGAAGUUUGGGCAUGUUGGCAUGAGUUACUGUCCUACUUGGAGAAGGCAAACAAGUGGCUGAAUGAAGUAGAAUUGAAACUUAAAACCACUGAAAAUAUUCCUGGUGGAACUGAGGAAAUCUCCAAGGUGCUAGAUUCGCUUGAAAAUCUGAUGCAGCAUUCAGAAGAUAACCCGAAUCAGAUUCGCAUAUUGGCCCAGACCCUGACAGAUGGCGGAGUUAUGGAUGAGCUGAUCAAUGAGGAGCUGGAGACAUUCAACUCUCGCUGGAGAGAACUACAUGAAGAGGCCAUGAGGAGGCAAAAGUUGCUUGAACAGAGUAUCCAGUCUGCCCAGGAGCUUGAAAAGUCCUUGCUCUUAAUUCAGGAGUCCCUCUCAUCCAUUGACAAGCAGCUCGCAGCUUAUAUUGCCGACAAAGUGGACGCAGCCCAAAUGCCUCAGGAAGCCCAGAAAAUCCAGUCGGAUUUGACAAGUCAUGAGAUCAGUUUAGAAGAAAUGAAGAAACACAACCAGGGAAAGGAGGCCGCCCAAAGGGUACUAUCCCAAAUCGAUGUGGCACAGAAAAAAUUGCAAGAUGUUUCCAUGAAGUUUCGGUUAUUCCAGAAGCCAGCCAAUUUUGAGCAGCGUCUACAGGAAAGUAAGAUGAUUUUAGAUGAAGUGAAGAUGCACUUGCCUGCAUUGGAAAUGAAGAGCGUUGAACAGGAAGUAGUACAGUCACAGCUAAAUCAUUGUGUGAACUUGUAUAAGAGUCUGAGUGAAGUGAAGUCUGAGGUGGAGAUGGUGAUAAAAACUGGACGUCAGAUCGUACAGAAGAAACAGACGGAAAACCCUAAAGAGCUGGAUGAACGAAUAACAGCUUUGAAAUUGCAUUAUAAUGAGCUGGGAGCAAAGGUAACAGAAAGAAAGCAACAGUUGGAGAAAUGCUUGAAAUUGUCCCGGAAGAUGCGGAAGGAAAUGAAUGCCCUGACAGAAUGGCUGGCAGCUACAGAUACGGAGCUGACAAAGAGAUCAGCAGUUGAAGGAAUGCCUAGUAAUUUGGAUUCUGAAGUCGCCUGGGGAAAGGCUACUCAGAAAGAGAUUGAGAAACAGAAGGUUCACCUGAAGAGUGUCACGGAGCUAGGAGAGGCCUUGAAGACGGUCUUGGGCAAAAAGGAAACCUUGGUGGAAGAUAAACUGAGUCUUCUGAAUAGUAACUGGAUAGCUGUCACUUCCCGAGCAGAAGAGUGGUUAAACCUUUUGUUGGAGUACCAGAAACACAUGGAAAACUUUGAGCAGAAUGUGGAUCACAUCACAAGCUGGAUCAUUCAUGCUGACACGCUUUUGGAUGAAUCUGAGAGAAAGAAACCCCAGCAAAAAGAGGACGUGCUUAAGCGUUUAAAGGCUGAAAUGAAUGACAUGCGCCCAAAGGUGGACUCCACGCGUGACCAAGCAGCAAACUUGAUGGCAAACCGCGGCGACCACUGCAGGAAAGUAGUAGAGCCCAAAAUCUCAGAGCUCAACCAUCGAUUUGCAGCCAUUUCUCACAGAAUUAAGACUGGAAAGGCCUCCAUUCCUUUGAAGGAAUUGGAGCAGUUUAACUCAGAUAUACAAAAAUUGCUUGAACCACUGGAGGCUGAAAUUCAGCAGGGGGUGAAUCUGAAAGAGGAAGACUUCAAUAAAGAUAUGAGUGAAGACAAUGAGGGUACUGUAAAAGAAUUGUUGCAAAGAGGAGACAACUUACAACAAAGAAUCACAGAUGAGAGAAAGCGAGAGGAAAUAAAGAUAAAACAGCAGCUGUUACAGACAAAACAUAAUGCUCUCAAGGAUUUGAGGUCUCAAAGAAGAAAAAAGGCUCUAGAAAUUUCUCAUCAGUGGUAUCAGUACAAGAGGCAGGCUGAUGAUCUCCUGAAAUGCUUGGAUGACAUUGAAAAAAAAUUAGCCAGUCUACCUGAACCAAGAGAUGAAAGGAAAAUAAAGGAGAUUGACCGCGAGUUGCAGACGAAGAAGCAGGAGCUGAACGCAGUGCGCAGGCAAGCGGAGGGCUUGGCUGCCGAUGGGGCCGCAGUGGCAGUGGAGCCAACCCAGAUCCAGCUCAGCAAUCGCUGGAGGGAAAUUGAGAGCAAAUUUGCUCAGUUUCGAAGACUCAACUUUGCACAAAUUCACACAGUCCGUGAAGAAUCAGUGGUGGUGAUGACUGAAGACAUGCCUUUGGAAAUUUCUUAUGUGCCUUCUACUUAUUUGACUGAGAUCACUCACGUCUUACAAGCGCUCUCAGAAGUGGAACAACUUCUCAGUGCUCCUGACCUCUGUGCUAAAGAUUUUGAAGAUCUCUUUAAACAAGAGGAGUCUCUGAAGAACAUAAAAGACAGCCUGCAGCAAAUCUCAGGUCGGAUUGACACCAUUCACAAGAAGAAGACAGCGGUGCUGCAGAGUGCCGCGCCCGCGGAAAGGGCAAAGGUCCAGGAAGCCCUCUCACGGCUGGAUUCCCAGUGGGAAAGGGUUAACAAAGCGUACAAGGACCGCCAAGGGUAG